AUGUCUCACUUCCACCCUUACAACAGGUCAUACUCGCAAGUGUCAGCCCCAUCGUCUGAGAUCUAUCCGCCCUCUGAGAAUGAACACGUCCAUCCGGGAUUGAUGGCCGCGCGGCCCCAUUUCCAUCAACCCGACUCACACAUCUAUCCGCCUGACUUCAGCAUGCCACCUUGUGUUAGUCUCUUGUCUCCACCUGCGACGCUCAAAUAUUAUAACCGCAAAACGAAGAAAUCAUCCCCGCUGGACGCUUCCCCUGGCGCGCCGGGCCCACCGUUGAGCUCAUCUGAUCUGGUGGCAAGCUUGGUUGAAGCCUGCUGUGCGACCAUUGGAUCCAAUGCAACCAAACCUAAUCUUGUACCAUCGCCACCGUCUUCGGAUGCUGGCUCCCUCGAGGGGGACCCACCGUUGUUGAUUGAGUACCUGAAGUUUGCAGGUGUUCCGCCUACCGAGAAGACGUUGGCGAUUCUGGCGGGCGAAGAUAUCGACAGCUACCAAAUGUUUGCGGACGGAUACAUGUCGAAUGAAGAUUUGAAGGGCUUGGGACUUACUAAGGGGACUCUGGCGAAGCUCCGCAACAAUGCUGGACCGUGCCGACGCAGCCUUCGCCGUCAAAGGGAAUAG